AUGGCCCCUGCAACUCGCCCAGGCACUAUCAACCUCGAAGGUCUGCCUCAGCUCAACAUGGGCCAGUCACGCUCUGCCAACGGCUCCGGUGCCAACUCGCCGAUCGACGCUCCUGCAGGUUCAGGCUCAGCUACCGGCUCUCGUUUCCCAUUUGCCAAUGGUCGAGCAGGCUCGCCGUCCAAGGCUUUUGGGGGAAGUCUAGAAGGUAGCUCUGGCAGUCGCCUCUUUCCUAAACGCGCUCGUGAGAUUCAGCAACAGGAAGGUCUUUCUCCCCAGCCCUGGGGUCCACCGACUACUGGUAGCGGACACUCCACUCCACUACGAGAGACCAUCCCCGAAUCACCCGGCAGCGAUAGCUUUCCGGACUUUGACGUUGGUAACCUAUCCACUGGCAGUCCAGGUUCGUUGUCUGCAUCAAAUUCAGUCCGACGCUCGCGAGCCGGCACUGUUCCCUCACGCUUUCCCGCCAUGAGCUCAGUCGGUACCACGCCGACCUCGGCGAUGCCCAAAUCGAAUCGAGCCACGCCCUCCCCCGGUCUAUACCAGUCCGGUCCUCCUUCGUCAGGAGACCCACAGAGCGCCAACGGCACUCCACUUGCACAAGCAGCUCUUCUAUCACGCAUGAGAGCUGGUUCGAUGCCGCAGCGAGGAUUGCUGAACGCCUCGAGUCCAUUCGGCAACUCUCUGUUCGCGAGCAAUUGGAUGGCUGGCAGAGAGCGAGCAAGCACCUUGCAGAGCAUUAGAUCGUCCAACGAACCAUCUUCGCCGAAUGCCUCACCAGCGGAUGGUGAUGUUAGAACUUUGGACUACCUGGGUCUGGUGGACACCCCACAGUCUGGCAGAGAAAGAGGUCUGUCAAGGGCGGAUAUGGACAUGUUCAUGAACCAACAGCGGGCAAAUGGCACAGGAGGAGUCACUAUUGCAGACUUGGCGGCACUCAAUGCCUUCAACAAGAACACGGCGAAUCGAUUCCGAUCGUAUUCUGUCAAUGCAAAAGAGAAAUAUGCAGAUGGUCCGGAGGAAGUGCUGGACGAAUACGAGGCAAUGCAGCAACAGCUGUACUCGGGUACUUUCACACCAAACAGCGAGACUACAGCAGCCCAAGCGGCAGCGAUCAAUGAAGCCGUUCGGCAGCACAACCUCGAAGUACAGGCCUUCGCCAACUUUGCUAGUGCCAAUCGGCCUAGAGCUCGUACUGCGGGUGUGCUGGAUUCGCCCUCACAGCGUGUCCUGCGCAACUACAUGCCGACGCCAUCACGACUUGCCGACAGCAGCAUGACUGCGGCGGACCUGCAAAGCAACGAUGGAUCCGAAUUCAGUGGCCUUGCGACUGCGGUCCAUAACAUGAACCUCAACAAGAAGAUAUCCUACGACAACGGUCUCCACCCGAAUUUGGAAGCACCAACACGGUCGCUUUGGCUGGGCAAUAUUCCUUCGUCAACCACGGUCACGUCGCUGAAUGUCAUCUUCAGUCAGUUUGGUCAAAUCGAGUUUGCACGAGUUCUCACACACAAGAGCUGUGGUUUUGUCAACUUUGAGAACGUUCAGAGUGCCAUGGCAGCAAAAGCGCAAUGCAAUGGCAAAGAGAUAUUCCCUGGCUGCGGGACGAUCAGGAUUGGGUUUGCAAAGGAGCAGAGCGCCUCGAACACACCUGGAGCCAACGGCGCUUACCCAUCACCAAGCCCGGAUCCGUUCGUGUCGAAACACCGCAUCGACAGCACCCAUUCAGGCGCGAACAACACAGCUGGCGGCAACAUCAACGCUGAGACGGCAGCGGCAGCCCUCGCUACUCCCAAUCUGCUCGAGCUACGCGAUGAGAUAUAUGGCAUAGUCCAGCAGUUUGGCGCUUCGCCAGAUGACCAAGAGCGAAUCGCCAAAAGCCUGGAAAAUGCACUGCGCUAUGAUGAGUAUGCGCUGGAAAUUCCACCCAUUCCUGAACCAAGUCACAGCAGAGUUUACGAUGCACCACGUCUACGCGAGAUACGCAAACGCAUUGACAACAACUCUUGUGGCCCAAUGGAGAUUGAGCAGAUUGCUCUCGAGAUGCUGCCCGAAGUUGCCGAGCUGUCAUCCGACUACCUUGGCAACACGGUGGUGCAAAAGCUGUUCGAGAACUGUUCCGAGGAGACCAAAGAAGCCAUGCUAUCCGAGAUCUCGCCGCACUUGGCUGAGAUUGGUGUGCACAAGAACGGUACCUGGGCAGCCCAAAAGGUCAUCGAUGUUGCCAGGACUUCGAACCAGAUGCACUUGAUCAUUAACGCGCUCAAGCCUCAUGCCGUCAAUCUUUUUGGUGACCAAUAUGGUAACUACGUGAUGCAGUGCUGCCUACGCUUCCAAGCACCACUCAACGACUUCAUCUUCGAUUCGAUGCUGAGCAAGCUCUGGGACAUUGCUCAAGGAAGGUUCGGAGCUCGUGCCAUGCGCGCCUGUCUCGAAAGCCAUUUCGCCACCAACGACCACAAGAGGCUGAUGGCCGCGGCCAUUGCACUUCACAGUGUACAAUUGGCCACCAACUCGAACGGGGCGCUUCUCUUGACUUGGUUCCUGGACACAUGUACCUUUCCCCAGCGACGUUCAGUAUUGGCCCCGAGACUUUCCCCCCACCUUACUUACCUCUGUACCCACAAAGUUGCCUACCUCACUGUUCUGAAGAUCAUCAACCAACGAAACGAGCCGGAGGCCAGAGACCUCAUUCUCCGUGCGCUCUUCUUCGACGAACAGACUUUGACCAACAUCAUCAGUGACCAUACCUGCGGCGGAACGCUCAUCUUCAAGGUUCUGACCACUCCCUUCUUGGACGAGGCCAUACGACCAGAGUGCGUGGAGAAUGUCCGAAACGUGCUCCUGAUCAUCAAGGCACAGCCAUCACAGGGUUACAAGCGUCUGAUGGAUGAGGUCGGUCUUUCCACACGUCACGGUGGCACACCCAUCAGCCACGACGGGCGUUCCAGCUCCAAGCCUCGCCCGGUCAACGGCCACCUUCCACAUCUGGACACGAAUUCAAACGGCUACGGACGUUCUCCUUAUGGCGCGCCUCAGCAUGCCCAGAUGGGCCAAGCCAUGACGCCCGAUCUGCAACGCUCAAUCAGCAUGGAUUCGAACGGCUUUGACCCGUACGUGCAGCAGUAUACUCACAGUCCUUCCAUGUCAAACGCUGGCAUCAGUCCCAUCAAUCCGAUGCAAUACCAGCAUGCCAUGCUCGCGCAGGGCCAGAUGGCGAGACCUCCUGGGUUCUAUGGCAGCCCGGUUGGUGUCACGCCAAGCGCAGGCUUGCCAAAUGGCAUGGGGUAUGGCACAGCGUCUCCAGGGUCUCAAAUGAUGGAUCCAUACCGUCAAAUGAUGGGCUCGAUGGUGCCACCUGGCAUGGGUAUGCAGAACGGAUACCAGCAACAGAGCUAUGGGAACCAAAUGGCUGGCAUGAACGGCUAUGGGCAGUAUCAGAUGCCGUCUCAAUACUAUGGCCCAAAUCACAUGCAGGGACAGAUGGCAUCGGGCAACAACCGCAGAGGCAGAGCAGGUCCUCGGUACUAA